AUGCUAAGCAAACGUGACAACAAAGCCUACAGCCUGCCCAUUACUUCUGCGGGCUUAUCAGACACCAGUGGGAGCUCGCCAGCCGCACCAACCCUUGACUACCACCAGAAGGCUCCCAGUGCCGCAGUAGCCGCUGUCGCAAACGUUUUUGCUUGCUACACCGGUGCGGCGUCGUCAGCGCAUGGGCCGGAUGGGCUCGAUGGCCUCCUUCGUCCCCCCGUGACUAUAAACAGCAAUAGCAACCACCCCAAUGACCUCUCGACGGUUGGAGGAGCUCUAGGGGCAGAGGAGGACGAGGAAGAGGACGAUUGUCUGGCUGCCCCGCAACCGCCCAACUUGACUAAUGACUACUCCACUGUGGACUCCUGCACGGGCGCACUCUCCUUUGGUCGGUUUGGCCAAUCACACCACGAUGAGCCGCCUAAUUAUCCAUCUGACACGAAGUUAUUUGCAUUGCUUCCUCCAAGUCAGCAACAGCAUCAAACCAGGCUUCCAGACAUUGGUGGUCCUCCUGAAGUGUGCCUGUUGAAGUCUGAGGGAGAAGUAAUCGGUGAAGAACAUGAAGAGGGAUGUUGUUCCGACAAGAAUCAGGAUGCUAAGCAGAGUAGUGGAGGUCGUAGAGAUACCGACGGAAUAAAUGAACAUCCAGGGACUCCGCUAAUGGUCAGACCUGCGUCAGCGUUGGCUAGCACCGAUGGUCACUUCACGGGUUCCGACUUUGAUCCUCGCUCCCAUCUUUGCUGUCGUUCAUCUCUCCUGAAGGUACCCACGGCAAAAAAUCACUCUCACGUGAUCCACUCAACUCCCUUUGCUCCUCAAGAGUCGUCCCGCUGCGCCUCUGCCGCUGGGGGUUACGUAAACAGUCCCUUCAACAACCCCCAUCCAAGACACGCCUCGGGUUCGGCUGCUUACCUCCGGGGUCACCUCAUGGUCGUGCCGCCUGAUGGCGGCGGCAGCGGUGGUGGUGGUGGUUCUUAUCUCUCGGAUUCCGAUCUCCAAAACAGCUCCCAGCAUAUUGGCUCGGUUUCCUCUUCCCCGGGGAUUCGGACCGAGUCGAUCAGUCCUACGACCUCCACUCACGACGCGUUGCUCGCGCACUCAAGGCCACCGCACCACCUAGCUCCCCACCCCCAUGCACCGUCACACCCACCUCCACCCGAUCUCCUAUUCUGUCCCACAAGCUCGGCUGGGGCAGAUUUCUUCUCUCCUGUGAGAUCGGAUCCUGAGGGUCCUCUCCAACUGCGCAAAUCAUCGACGGUCAACUAUUCGGUGGGUGUAGAUGGGACACCAACUGUUUGGGAUGGCGGAAGACUGCCAGAUCAACGAUCAGGAGGCGGAGGCAGUGUCCUGACGCCAGUUAUAGAUGAGUAUCCGCAACACCAGCAGCAUGUCCCCUCUUCACCAAUGUCAUUCUCGAUGAGGGACAGUGCAGCUGGGAGUGGCGCGAACAAUGGUGGCGAAAGCUGCGGGGAAUCUGGUUCAACGCCGACAUGUGCAGGAGGUGUUCCACGACGGUGCGCUCCUCAAAUGCCUGUCGGCAGCUUCCCUUCACAAAGUGACUUCCCCCUAACCGAAAACUUCAGCCACUUUGUUCCUUUUGACACGGUGAAUUCAAUUACUGGCAGCCUCUCCUCCUCUCCCCCUUCACUGCCUGUUCCUUUAAAGCGCUGUCGACGACACUGA